AUGGAUGAAAAACCAGAUGGAAGGUCGUGCUACUACGACAUCAAGAGGAUACUCCAAGUAGGAGAAUAUCUAGAAAGUGCUACAGGAAAGCAGAAGAGGACUUUAAGAAGGAUGGAUAAUCACUUCUUUCUCAACAAGGAAAUCCUGUAUAGGAGGACUCCAAACUUGGGAUUUUUGCAAUGCGUCGAUGCCUCGGAAGCCACAAGAUUGUUGAAAAAGAUACACACAGGAACUUAUGGACCUUACAUAAAUGGUUUUAUGCUUGCAAAGAAGAUUUUGAGCGAUAGAUACUUUUGGAUGGCCAUGGAAAGGGAUAGCAUCCGUUACAUGCAAAAAUGUCACCAAUGUCAAGUCCAUAAGGAUUUUAUAUGGGUUCCGCCAUAUGAGCUCAAUGUGAUGGGUUCCCCUUAUCCAUUUGUUUCUUGGGUAAUGGAUGUUAUUGGGCCCAUAGAGACUCCUGCGUCAAAUGGACAUCAUUUUAUUUUGGUAGCUAUCGAUUAUUUCACAAAAGUCAAUCGUAAUAAAAAUGGAGCCAAUCUUAAUAGUGACUUGAUGAGAGAUAUUUGUGAAAGGUUUAAGACCGCUCAUCGAAAUUCCUUGGCAUAUCGACCACAGAUGAACGGAGCAAUUGAAGCUGCAAACAAGAACAUCAAGCAAAUCUUGAGGAAGAUAGUGGACGGUAAUAGGAAUGUCAUGAGAAGCUACCAUAUGCUUUACUUGGAUAUCACAGAGGUUGGUUUAGAUGACGCUGAAUGGAUUCGUAGCAGGAUCAAACAAUUGAUGCUUAUUGAUGAGAAGAGAUUGGAAACAGGUCCUUAUAUAGUUCACCAAGUACUCUUAGGAGGAGUAGUGAUACUUGCAGAGAUGGAUGGUAGAGUAAGCACGAAGCCAAUCAAUUCAGACGACAGCAAGAAGUACUACAUUUGA